CAUGUUGUUUCUUUAUGGAAACAAAGAAAGCUUCUUCUAAACGAAACGGUCACUCGAAAGAGAGAAUUACCGUGCUGUAAAAGGUUAUUUUAUUUUCUUCAGCUACACCCGAAGACCUAUCUUCCCGCUCCCGUCAUCAUUCCCUUCUCGCCGAGAUCCUGCGGAAUUUUAGAAACUUCGAGCGCCAUCCACAGGAUCGCAGAAAACGGAGAGAUUCUGUCGCGAAUCAUUCCAGACGAAUGCUGUUGGUUCCCUGCUCAAUCAACAUCUGGCCUAUCAAGGAUUUCGAACAACCUUGGAGUGAGACACGAACAAAUUGAAAUCCUCUUUUUUCUUAUAAAGUUUCUUCGGCCUCAGAGUCGAGAAGCCCAACUUAAUUCCGGUGCGUUUUUGGACUGUUCCCAUCGCGCAAGAGAUAAAGAAUGGUUUUGUCGGAAGAAUACAAUGGUGCAUCCGUCGAGAAUUCAAGUUCUACGUCAAAGAGAAGACUACGAAUUCGCUAGCGAGCGAAACGACCCCGACGGAAGCUACAUAGCUAUCGGUACCGCCGACAACCAAGUUCUGAGAAAUAUCGGCGAUGCUACCGAUGACGAAUUCGAUAACGAAAAUGAAAAUGGCAAUGGAAAUGGAAAUGGAAAUGGAAAUGGAAAUGAAAUAACUCUGAAGAUGGAAGUAGACGACACGUCGAAACAUUUCAACGUCCUUUCGACAAGAAAAGAUGAAAAUAUUUCAUGAGAUGAUUUCGAGAUGAUGCAUUUGAAGAUAAUUUCGAUACUUGCCAGGCAUUGUAUAUAAUUUUCGAAUUUUAAUAGAUGCAAGGUGCAGAAUUAUUUAGUCGGUAUAAGCAAUGUAAACGUUUUCGAGGGUCUACGUGAUUUCCGCUGCAAGAUAUGUUUAAAAUUGUAAGUAACAAAUUCAUAGAUUGACGUUUACUUGAUAAAAAGACGGCAUAGUUUUUCAUCGACCGAUAAUGGCGAACACAAGGCGGGCGAUCGACGAUCGGUCACUGCACGUUCGCGUGGCUUCCCUACAAUUCGGAAUGCACAUCCCACGAUUGAAUUUUCAAUUUUGUCUAUCUGUGGACACGUAUCAUUCAUCCGAUAGAUGACAUCUAUAUGCUGUACCGCAAACGGUAAGUUCGUAGAAUGUCAAUUUGGAAAAUGCGAGGCAGGACUCAAAUCUAAAAUCUAAAAUAAAUAAUACAUUUACAGAAUAUAAUAAACAUACAGGGAUAGCGAGUACAUUGUUAUGUAACUUGUGUUCGUUUCUUGCAUGUCUAUUUACUGUAUUCUUUUCCUCGAUGUAAUUAUUGUAUUAUCGAUGUUCGAUUGCUACGAAACGUUAAAUAUAUUGAAUAGUA